GGCGCGUAUAAAAAGCUGCUUUUCCCCGGCCGUGCCUGCCUGUGCCUUUCUCCGCGCCUCGGGUUUGGGCUUCGCGGGACGUCUGCCAUGGCCAAGUAUGUGGAGCUGUACACCAAAGCGAAGAUGCCCAUUUUGGGACUGGGCACGUGGAAGUCUCCACCAGGAAAAGUAAAAGAUGCGGUGAAGAAGGCCAUUGAUGUAGGCUAUCGCCAUAUAGACUGUGCCUACGUGUACCAGAAUGAAGAAGAAGUUGGCAACGGUAUUCAGGAUGCAAUCCAGGCUGGGAUUGUAAAGCGUGAGGACCUUUUUAUUGUCAGCAAGCUUUGGUGCACGUUCCAUGAGAAGUCUUUGGUCAAGGGUGCCUGUCAGGCAACCCUGAAGGCCUUGAAGUUGAACUACCUUGACCUCUACAUUAUCCACUGGCCGAUAGGAUGCAAGGCAGGAGAUGAUCUGUUUCCUACGGAUGAUAAAGGCAUGAUGAUAUCCAGUAACACAAGUAUUUUAGACACAUGGGAGGCAAUGGAGGAACUAGUAGAUGUUGGAUUGGUGAAGGCAAUUGGUGUUUCCAACUUCAACCAUGAACAGUUGGAGAGAAUCUUGAAGAAGCCCAAAUUGAAGUACAAACCUGCAAAUAACCAGGUUGAAUGCCACCCGUACCUUACUCAGGAAAAACUGAUUGAGUACUGUCAGUCCAAAGGGAUCUCCGUCACGGCCUACAGUCCUCUUGGCUCUCCUGAUAGACCCUGGGCCAAGCCUGAAGAUCCUUCACUCCUGGAUGAUCCAAAAAUUAAAGAGAUUGCAGCUAAACACAAUAAAACAGCAGCUCAGGUCCUGAUCCGGUUUCAUCUUCAGAGAAAUACAAUUGUGAUUCCCAAGUCUAUCACUCCAUCGCGGAUUGAAGAAAACUUCAAGGUAUUUGACUUUGAGUUGUCUAAGCAGGACAUGGAAACCAUCCUGGGUUUCAACAGGAACUGGAGGGCAUGUGCAAUGACCUCGUGUAUCAAUCAUAAGGAAUAUCCUUUCAGCAUUGAAUACUAAAAGUCC